AUGAGUGGUACUUCGUCUAUUUCAGUGAAUACUACUUCUAUGUCCACUGAAGGAUUUACUUCCUUUUCCGUUGACCAAUCUCAUCCAUUCUAUGUCCAUCCGUCUGACAGUCCUGGUAUUCAACUCACUGUGUUACCAUUUGAUGGAAAUGAUUUUGUUAGUUGGCGUAAAAGUAUGUUAAUUUCUCUUUCGGCUAAGAACAAACUAGCUAUAAUUACUGGUAGGAGCCCUAAACCUGUGCCUGAAUCUCCCUAUUAUCCAUAUUGGGAAAGGUGUAAUGAUAUGGUAAUAGUCUGGAUCACUAAUUCCUUAUCUAGGAACAUUGCUAUGAGUGUCAUUGGUUUUAAUACUGCUCAAGAGAUUUGGGAGGAUCUCAAUGAACGUUUUGGACAGACUAAUGGGUCCAAAUACAUUCAACUUCAACGGGAAUUAGCUUCAACUAGUCAGGGUUCUUCGGAUAUAGCCACAUAUUUUAUGAAACUUAGAGGCCUUUGGGACUAG